AUCGGGCUCUCCCGGGAGCGGGAGAGGGCCCUGGAUUACUACGGGCUGUACGACGAGCGUGGCCGCCCUUACAGUUACCCCAUCGUGGCUGAAGAAGACCUGAUGCCAGAGGAUGAUCAGAGAGCAACCCGCAACCUCUUCAUUGGCAACCUGGACCACAACGUGUCAGAGGUGGAGCUCAGACGUGCCUUUGAGAAGUACGGCAUCAUCGAAGAAGUGGUGAUCAAGCGCCCUGCCCGCGGCCAGGGCGGCGCUUACGCUUUCCUCAAGUUCCAGAACUUGGACAUGGCACAUCGGGCCAAGGUUGCCAUGUCGGGCCGCGUUGUUGGCAGGAACCCUAUCAAAAUUGGCUACGGGAAAGCCAACCCUACUACCAGGCUGUGGGUGGGUGGUCUCGGUCCCAGUACUUCCUUGGCUGCCCUGGCAAGGGAGUUCGACCGUUUUGGGAGCAUCAGGACUAUUGACUAUGUGAAGGGAGACAGCUUCGCUUAUAUCCAGUAUGAGAGCUUGGAUGCUGCCCAGGCUGCCUGUGCGCAGAUGAGGGGCUUUCCUUUGGGAGGACCAGAGAGGAGACUCAGAGUGGAUUUUGCCAAAGCAGAAGAGACAAGAUACCCACAGCAGUACCAGCCGGCGCCGCUCCCCGUGCACUACGAACUGCUCGCUGAUGGGUACAGCAGACACAGAAGCCUAGAGCAAGACUUGAGGGUGCGAGAUAGGACUCCUCCACAUCUCCUGUACUCAGACAGAGACAGGAGCUUUGUCGAGGCAGAGUGGGCCAGCCCUGCCAAAAACGCCGAACGCAGAAACAACUUGGAAAGCUACAGCCGGUCGGUGCGUAGCCGGAGCGGAGAGCGCUGGGGCAGCGACAGCGAUCGCGGCGUGCCCAAACUGUGGGAAGAGAGGCGGAAACGCCGGAGCCUUUCCAGUGACCGCGGGAGGACUACUCACUCGCCUUACGAGGACAGAAGCAGGACAAAGGCCAGUGGGCCAGCUUUAGACCGCAGCCCAGAGAGGGCUCGCAAGGAGAAUCACACUACAGAAUCUGGAGCCGAGAAAGAGCCGAGUAACUCCCUUCAGAACAAUCGUCAUGCGACUGAGGAGAAACCCCAUCGUGAGGCCCCCGAUGCUCCCCAGCCUAAAAAAAGGGACAGCGAACGCAAUCAUCGAACUGGUGAAUCGGAAUCAAAAACUCAUGAGGAGCCAAAAUCCGAGACCAAAAAGCUAAAGAAUUUAUCGGAAUAUGCUCAGACACUGCAGCUUGCUUGGAAUGGGCUUCUUGUGCUAAAAAACAGCUGCUUCCCCACCUCUAUGCACAUCCUGGAGGGAGACCUCGGUGUCAUCAACGGACUCCUUAAAGACCAUUCAUCCGGCGGGAAGUUAACACAGCUCAAAAUCGCUCAGAGACUUCGGCUCGACCAGCCCAAGCUGGAUGAAGUGACUCGCCGCAUCAAACAAGGCAGCCCCAACGGCUACGCUGUGCUCCUGGCCACCCAGUCCACCCCGGCAGGGGCUGAGGGGACCUUCCCUGUUGUAGAGCCUGGCUUGCAGCGACGGCUUCUCAGGAAUCUGGUCUCCUACUUGAAACAGAAGCAGGCUGCUGGGGUUAUCAGCCUGCCCGUGGGAGGGGCCAAGGGCAGAGACAGCACAGGCAUGCUUUACGCGUUCCCUCCUUGUGAAUUCUCUCAGCAGUACCUCCAGUCAGCACUAAGGACAUUGGGAAAGUUAGAAGAAGAACAUAUGGUGAUAGUUAUAGUCAAAGACACUGCCUAGCCCACACUGUCUUUUCAAAUUCCAUGUUUUCUUUGUGUGUCACACAACCCAGUUGUUUUUAAGGCUGAUCAUUUUGGUGGGGGCUCAAAACACCUUGGCCAAAAUGGUAAGAUUUUUAGUUUCUAAUUAAUUUUAAUACCAUUUAAAUAGAGCCCAUUUUAUUCGUUUUUAAUAUGUGACACUGUCCGCUGUUGUUCUGUAUUUUUAUUUUUUAACUGUAUGAAAAGUUGUCAGUAAAGCCUUGUUCACUGAUGGAUUUCUAAA